AUGGCAUCGCUCUUUAAACAUCUCCGGGUUCAUCAGAUAUUCGGGGCGAACACCGACGUUGGGAAGACAAUCUUGACAACCGCUCUGGUUCUUGCAUCCGCGUCAAGAAAAAUUCCUGUCCAUUAUCUCAAACCUAUCAGUACAGGACCGCUAGAGGAAGCCGAUGACCACCACGUCAAACGCUAUGGCCGGCAUGAAGGAAGUCUCAUUUCUGCCGAAUGUUUAUUUCGCUAUAAAGAGCCAAUUAGCCCCCAUCUUGCCGCAAAAUUCAAUUUGCUGACAAUCCUCCAGCCCUCUGACGAGACAUUCAUUAAUGCCAUCGCGAAUCGUAUUCGAAGAUGCGCGGCAAACAUCAGAGAGCCCGCACACAUGUACGUAGAGACUGCAGGAGGCAUCCACAGUCCCACCGUCUCGGGCACAACCCAAGUAGAUUGUUACCGGCCCCUCUUUCUGCCAACUAUCCUGGUUGGAGAUUCAAAACUUGGCGGAAUAUCCACGACCAUUGCAUCAUAUGAGUCACUUCUUUUGCGCGGAUAUAUCAUUGAUGCCAUCGUAGUCUUCCGAGACCACUACUAUCGAAACUGGGAAUAUCUGAAUCCAUAUUUUCUAGAGCGUGGUGUGGAACUUUUUGUGGUCGAUCCACCACCACCCAUCCCGACUGACCCGUCGAAAAACCUCACAAUCACUGAAAACUACUAUCAAUCAAUUAUCUCUUCAGAAAAAGAGGAUGGAAUGGCUGCUAUUAUGAAUCAUCUUGAUACCAAGCACAAAAAUCGCCUCAACGAAUUGGAAUUCAUGCCUAGACGUACCCUCGACACCAUCUGGUGGCCCUUCGUUCAACACGGUUCUAUACAAAAGGAGGAAAAUGUGACUGUAAUAGACAGCGCUCACUCCGAUUUUUUCAGUGUAACAAGACAAAAUGCUUUGCACGACAAAUCAGUGAACGAAAGCGUUUUAGCUCCAGAGUUUGAUGGUUCUGCAUCUUGGUGGACGCAAACCUUUGGACACGCUCACCCGGCCCUAACACUGGCAGCUGCAAGGGCUAGUGGUCGCUACGGUCAUGUCAUGUUUCCCGAACAUAUUCACCUCCCCGCAUUGAAACUAGCUGAGCGCCUCGUUCACGGCGGUCCCGGAAAAGGCUGGGCUUCGCGUGCUUUUUUUUCGGAUAACGGCUCAACCGGAAUGGAGGUGGCCCUGAAGAUGGCCUUAAGAGCCUUCUCCGUCCGACACAAGCACGAAUUGGAGGGCAGAAAGAAAAAGGAACUAGGCGUUUUGGGAUUGAAGGGAAGUUAUCACGGUGACACGAUUGGAGCUAUGGACGCCUGUGAGGAGGGCGUUUACACAUGUGAAUGGCACAACGCGAGAGGUUACUGGUUUGAGCCUCCAACUGUCGGAAUAAGGGAUGGAGUUGUUACCAUUUCUAUCCCGCCUGCAUUUUCUGCAUCCACGCGCGGACACGAUAUGAAAGCAGAAUCCCUCUCUUGGGUUUAUGACAUCGAGGCUCGCUUGCGCUCCCCCCUUGCUUUGAUGUAUGGAUCUUUUAUCCAACAAACCAUGAAAAAACUUGAGCAAGAUGGCCCAAAGUUAGCUGCCCUUGUCCUUGAGCCUCUUGUUAUGGGAGCUGGAGGAAUGAUCUUUGUCGACCCCCUCUUCCAACGAGUCUUGAUUGAUGUGGUACGAGGAAGACGCUCAGGGCCUUCGUCCGAGUGGUCAGGAUUGCCUGUUAUCUUCGAUGAAGUGUUUGUUGGGCUCCAGCGUAUUGGAAUGGAAAGUACCAGUGCUCUGCUGGGUGUUCAUCCUGACAUCUCCGUGAACGCAAAGAUCUUGACAGGCGGUCUCGUCCCCUUAGCAGUGACUUUGGCUUCAAACUCCAUUUUUCAAGCCUUCUUGAGUGGUAACAAGGCGGAUGCUUUGUUGCACGGGCACUCCUAUACCGCCCACCCCAUUGGAUGCGAGGUGGCAAACGAAACGCUUUCAUUGAUCGAUAAAGUCACAGCCAGUGACAACUGGAAAGCUGCUCAAGCGAAAUGGGAUAAGCCUGAUGGAAGUCUGGGAAAGGUUUGGAGUUUGUGGGAUCCCGUUUUUGUCACGGAGCUCUCCAAACUUGAGAGGGUUGAAGAAGUUAUGACAAUGGGAUGUGUAUUAUCCAUUCAUUUGAAGGACGCAUCUGCUGGCUAUUCCUCUGAUUCUGCCCGGGCGUUGUUGGAACCACUCAAACAAUUCUCAUCUGCUCCUGGCGGUGCGCCAUUUGGGAUUCAUUUUAGGACACUAGGAAAUGUCGCCUACUUUAUGACGAGUCUCAAUACAUCGCCUUCGGUUAUUAGUUCUGUAGAGGACAGAAUUUGGCAGGCCAUAGCAGAGUAA